GCUCAUUCGCACUUUUGUACAUUCACAAUAAUGGUCUGCUGCCCAUGUCAACUAGGUUUGGAUUAGGCACCACUAUGUUCCCCAAAUGGUCCCUUCAAAAAAAUUGAAGUGAACCAAAGUGUAGCAGAGCCUGUUAGGGGAAGGACAAAAGCAGUAACUUCAAAGGAAUAGACCAUAGCCCCAAUAGCAAGCAAACUUUAUCAACACAGUCUGGUGCAAGCCAUGUGCAAAAAGUGAUAAAAACUAUAGCCAACCCAAUUGAAAAUUCUGCUUUGAUUUUGCUCGGUUGAUCAGAUGGGCAUCACUGGUGAGCUGGUUAGGAAUGUUUUCUCCAAAAGCAGGUCUAUCGGAACUCAUGAGAGCAUUGUGAGAAGCAGUUCAGUGGAGAAAAGAAGAUGGAGCUCGGUGAGGUUGUACUUGUGUGGGGAUGAAUUCAAUUCAGUUCUUGCAGAGGAGGAUUCAGCUUCUGUUAGGAGCUCAGAGCCAACCAUCACACAACCGACGCCAGAGAGCUCCGAGACUAGUAUUAGACAAUCUAUGACAACCGUUCAAGAACCUACUACACUAGAGAGCUCUGAAUCCAGUGUCACACAACCUGUACUAGAGGACUUGACUGAUAAAGGAUAUGUCCAAAACGAAGAGACAAAGGGAAAAUUGCGAGGCGAAAAACACAACUCAACUGCUGAACUGUUUCGCGAAGAAGAUGCAGCAACUGUCAUCCAGUCAGCAUUUAGAGACUUUCUGGCGAGACGUCGAAAAAAAGGCCAUGGACUCAAAUUGAUGGAUGCCGGGCAGGAGCUUGUUGUGGGAACAUGGAGUCCAAGUUGGGAGUCAGUGGGUACAUCCAUUGAAGUUCAAACUGGAAAUUCAGUGGAAGUCUUCUCAAUUGCAGAGGAAAGCAUGACCCUACACCAUCGAGUGCAACAGAAAGCUAGAACUGAAGUUUUGAAGCUCAAGGAAGAUUGGGAUGAUAGCACAGUGAGCAGCAAUAUCUCAAAAAUGAGGAUUCAGAACAGACUGGAAGCAACAACCAGGCGUGAGAGAGCACUCGCUUAUGCUUUCUCGCAACAGCUAAGGGUGUGUUCAAAGAAGAAACAAACCACAUCCAGUGGCAGAGAACCUAACAUGGGUUGGAGCUGGCUAGAACGGUGGAUGGCUACCCGCUUCCCAGAGAGUUCCUCCAUUGAAAACCAUACUGGCAAGAAGCUUGAGCCAAUCAAUGGCAAGUUCAGCAACCAAAGAUCAGUGGUGAGGAAGAGAUUUCUUGAUGAGGCAGGGGAAGAAAAGGAGAGCUGUGGAUCUAAUGAGGUAUCUGUCCAAUUUGACAGCAUUUCGGUAUCUACACCAAAACAGAAAUAUGACACUAAGCCUGCUAGGAAUAGGCUUAAGACAACAAGAGCUGUGUCGAGACGGAAAACUGCACCAAGCUACCACUACCCAAAACAGCAUUCCAAGGCAAGCAAGAAAGAUUGUCCAAGGGAGGAUGAAAAAGACAUAAAACAAAAACAAAAUGAGUCAGGAGGACACAGAAAACAAGUGGCGGAUGACGAUCCACCACAAUUUUAGACGAGCUUGGAGAUCUAUUUUAUUUUGCUAUUUUUUUUUUGUAUUAGAACUUUAAUAUUUUGUAAAUGUAAUCUUAACUAUUUUGUGAAAUUUUAGUUUAAUUGGUACAAUGUUGUAAGUUAUGGACUUUUAAAUUUUAGCUACAUUUUAUGGACUGUAACUUGAUGUAACUAAAGUGUAUUCCUUGUUUGGAUGAGAUGGAGGAAGGGGAAUUUUUAUAUGUA